AUGAGUCAGGAUGGCGACCCCCAACAAAGCCAAAUUUCGGAGCCUUUUACCGUUGAAGAAAACAUUCACCAACUCAACGCCAUCGACAAGUCCAUCGCCCAACUCAUGAGUCAAACCGCCACAGCUCUUAAUGCCCUGACCACACAAGCAUCAAGCAACACACCAUCCAACGGUGAAGCUUCAGCCUCAGUCUUGGAUCCGCCAGCCCAAAAAGAAGCAUUCAAGUCUGCCACAGACUCAUUCCUCACGACAUUACAUAGUAUAGACGUGAGAAUGAAGCGGCAGAUCAUGGCGCUAGAAGAAGCCGGCAUCGUGCGGCUGUCGAAUACGCCGCGUCAAGAUCCUAAUGGAGCUACCAAGGCAUCUCUGAAACCGAAUGGCGUAGGAACGGUGGGAAACCUAGACGUCGGCUGGUUGAACAGUCGAAGCACGAGAGUGGAGCGCGAUAUGGAGGCAGAGCUAUGGCAGGAUGCCAAGGAGUUUUUGCAAAAGGAGCAGAAUGGGACUGUAUGA